GUAUUUUGUCAUAUGACACUGAGGAGACGACUGACCCUUGAGCAAGCCAGCUGUGAUUCACUGACGACCACUGUAAAAAUAAAGGCGGCUUGACCACUUGUCAGUCAGGGAUGUCUUAGGCUACAUAUUUGCUCGCUGGUUGGAUUAAUAACAGUGGAGGAUGGAUUGUCGGGGAGUUAUACCUGCGAUAGCCGCCGCUUGUCUCCUAGGCCUGGUGGUGAGCCAGACCACACUCUCCCCUGCUGUGAUGAGCACCACAGUCAUGGAGAAUGUGACAGACCUGACUCCGACUCCCAUGAUCCUCAGCACCACGUCCCCAGGCUGCUCUGCCCUCAACAUCUCCACCUGUGAGCCCUGCGUGCCGGGAUCACACUAUGACAAUGACACGCUGCUGUGCUCCUGCUGUCCGGAGCCUGGACUCUGUCUGUUCUCUGGAGCCUGUCUGCCGUGCUCCAGAGGUUUCUUCCAGCCGCUGGCCGGGCAGCAGCAGUGUCGGCCCUGCAGCCAGGGCUUCUACACAAAUUUCACUGGCAGCCCGGUGUGCCAGCCAUGCCCUGUUGGAUCUUUCAGCAAUGACACUGGAGCAGAGACAUGCAGAACCUGCUCACCAGGUUUCUUCUCAGCACAGCAGAAUUCCACGUCAUGUAAUCCGUGUCCUCAAGGAACGUUCUGCAACUCCUCUAGCUGUGCCCAGUGCCAGAUGUGUCCCGGGGGCACAGAGUCUCUUCAGGCUGCAGCUACACAGUGCACAUCAUGUCGACCAGGCAUGCACAAGGCUCCCCAUCAGAGCAUGUGUCAAAUCUGCAGCAGCGGCUUCUUCCAGAUCCACUGGGGUCAGGAGAGCUGUGAUAUCUGCCCUGAGAAUCACUACUGCCCCAGUCCAGAUGUGAACCCCAUCCAGUGUCCCAGUGACGCCUUCUGUCCAGAGGGCAGCACAGCGCCAGGCUACUGCAUGGAGACUUUCUUCCGAAAAGCAGGCGAGACUUGUGAAUUGGCUCCUGUCACUAUUGCUCUGUUAGUCAUCGGAGGCGGGGUGGCCUUGCUCUUCAUCAUUUUAAUGGUACUACGUCGAAGGAAAGAUGCUGAUGGAGAGCUGUCUGUAGCCCGAGCUCCUUUAUUACGCAAAGAGCGACCCCAAGGACGAUACUACGGGAUUCCCUGCGACGCUGAACCUGUGUAUGCCGGCUGGUGAGCCAAAGGAUCGCCCUCGGCUGCGUUGUCCUAAAGUGUUACAGCAGAGCAAACCGACUGAUUUCUUUCACACACGUGCCUUGACUGUAGGCAAAAGGACUGACUGUAAAAUCAUAAAGUCGUAUUUUAUUGUUUAGUGCCUCCAGAGUACUUUGACAAUCCACCAGCUGUUUCAUGGGGUACAGUUAAAUAUGUCGUCUUCUGUGUGUUGUUAUUGACUGACACUGCAACAGUUGUUCUGUCUAAAGGAGAAAACAUUCUUUCCAUAAGCAAGUUUAAUGGAUUAAGAGAGGUGCACUGACACGCUGAAGAGACUCUGCGUGCCUCGACUUGGUGGGAGCGUCUCUCUUAUGAAAAGCACUUUUUUACUGAUGUAAUUGAUUUACUUUGCACUUGCGUGUUGAUAAACUGAUGAGUGCCUCUUUAAGCUUUGUAGCGUAGAUGCUCAGCGGCAGACACUUGUGAACUUGGUGGUGUCUUGUGUGUGUGUGUUUUUUAUGCAUUUGAUUAAAGAACGUUAUGUUGUCCAUAGUUUCGUUGAUACCUGUGUUUAAUGUUUUUCACCUAUCUUAUUUAAAAAAAUGUUUGUAUGUUUUAAGCAGAACAAAUAAAAUUGAUCAACCUGG